UUGGCGCCAUGACUGACUUUGAAAAGAGCCUGCAUGAGGGCUUGGUUUCUGAGCUGCAUGCCUUGGCUGCCCGCGGAGACGCGGCCGCGCUGAAGGCGCUGCUCAGGCGCUCCCCGUCCCUUGUCAAUGCGGCUGCAGGGAAUGGCUGGACAGCCCUCAUGUACGGUGCUAGAAAUGGACACCUUGAGGUUGUGCAGGUUCUUCUUCAAGAAGGGUGUGACAGAUCCAUCAUUAAUAAAUCAAAGCAGACAGCUCUGGACAUUGCUAAAUUUUGGGGGUACAAACACAUAGCUAAUUUGUUGGCUAAUGUGAGAGAUGAUCAGAAACCUAGUUUUUUGUCAAGUGAUGUGAAAGAGUAUGAAAAUUAUUUUGGCAUGACACUUCUGGAUAGAAGGAGUGAUAAAAGAACAGAUUCCAAGUGGCUAAGUAAAAAACAAAGCCAUCCAGAUACAGUAUACAUUGUCUUCUCAAAUCUAAGUCCCUUGGUUACUUCGGGUAAGGGAAGAGGGAGCUCACAGCAAACAGAAGUAAAGCUUUGCAGGCUAUACCACAAGGAUGUGGAACAGUGCAUGAACCAAAGUGAAGAAUGUACCUUGAUUUUUCUUGGAGUGGAACUUCAGUCUGAUGUGAACCUGAUGGCUGCUUGCCAUGGAAGACUUCUGCAAGAUGAAGAAGAUGGGUUAGUUGCUUGGUUUGCUCUUAGCAUAGAUUGUGCUUCUGCUGAAAAAUUUAAACAGAAGCAUGAGGGUUGUUACUUUCUUCACCCGCCGAUGCCAGCACUACUACAGUUACCUGAAAAAGAAGCUGGAGUGAUAGCCCAGGCGAGAUCUGUUCUAGCAUGGCACAACUAUUACCGAUUCUGCCCAACAUGUGGGGGUGCAACCAGGAUUGAAGAAGGGGGUUACAAGAAAACUUGCUUAAAAGAAGACUGUCCCAGUCUCCAAGGAGUUCACAAUACAUCAUAUCCAAGAGUUGAUCCUGUUGUGAUAAUGCAAGUUAUUCAUCCAGAUGGGAACCACUGCCUUUUAGGUAGGCAGAAGAGAUUUCCCCCAGGAAUGUUUACUUGCCUUGCUGGAUUUGUAGAACCUGGUGAAACCAUAAGCGAUGCUGUUCGAAGAGAAGUAGAGGAGGAGGCUGGAGUCAAAGUUUCCCAUGUUCAGUAUGUCUCUUGUCAGCCAUGGCCAAUGCCCUCCUCCCUAAUGAUUGGCUGCUUAGCUUUUGCAGUGUCCACAGAAAUUAAAGUUGACAAGAAUGAAAUAGAGGAUGCCCGCUGGUUCACUAGAGAACAGGUUGUGGAAGUUCUCAUUAAAGGAAACCAGCGUUCUUUCUUUGUACCACCAAGUCGAGCAAUUGCACACCAGUUGAUAAAACAUUGGAUUGGAAUGACUGCUAAUCUUUAAUUCAAAUAAUUGAUUUCUUUAAGUUCCUUCUUCUAUUGAAUGCUCAAUUAGGAAUAAAUUAGAACUGUUUGUCUUGUGAAUGUGAAACCAAGUGAUUUUCUGAGCCUUUACAUUGGUUCCAGAGCUCACUUACGCAAAUUUUUGUAGGUGUUUUCAGACCUGAAUUAAAUUUGGACAAAACUCAAUAAUUAUCCCAAGCAAGCAAGCAACAAGUAAGUAAAAUUGGUGCCUUGUUCAGUACAGGCUGUUUUUUGUUCUAAAAUGAAAUUAUUAUGCCUUUUGCUCUUUUACUUUUUAUGUUUGAUAUGAUCUUCCCACACUGGAAGGAGUCACAGCAUUACAAAGAAGGCUGUCUGACUUUGCCUGCUGUUUAAAUUCUCUACUUACAUCCUCGUACUUGCCUUAAUUAUUUCUUUCUCAUUUUUGCCCAUCUCCAUUCUUUAAAUUUGACCUGUCACGGAAAUCUACAUUCAGUGCUGAAAACCUUACCAACUGUGGUUGUUGUAAAGUUAAUAGCAUUUGUAAAUAGUGAAUAUGUGGUACUUUGUAUCUUUUACAUUAAUAACCUAAUUUAUAUUAAAACUCUAAGCAGAGCGUUUACUCAUCCAUUCUGACUAGGUCUGCACUUACCCAACUGUAUGUCAGCCUGAAUUUAAAGGUGUAACACAAUACUUUGUUUUUGAAAACGAUGUUGGAAGUCCGCCCUCGAAAGCCUGAGUAAUAAUGUUUUUAUAAGAUAAUAAUGUACUUAUUUGAUGGUAGGCAGUGAGUCAUUUCAUUUUCUGAUAAUUAGAAAUUAAAUUAUAGAGUAAUGGAGAAGGAAGAACAAGACAUAUCUCAAAAUAUGCAGAAAGUUCUUUAUGGAAAUGGAGAUGCUAAGAUUGUUACUGCUAUUAUGAAUCUUACAGUUGAAAGAAGUAUAUUCACUGCAGCUAUAAGAUUGGGAUAGCAAUAUGUUAAUUAAAAUAUUUAUUUGGUUUUAAUGUAUCAAGUUAUUUAAGAUAAUGUUGAUAUUUUAAGAAGGAAAGUAUACUGUUUUAGUAUUAAUUUCAUUAUGUAGUCGUUCAUAGUGUGACAUUCUGCAGUCAUUGCAGUGAUAUCAAAAGAAAUGCAAAUGACCUGAGGAAAGUGCAAUUAUAGUGACAAAUGUAAAUUUACUCUUCUAUAAUUUGUUUAUUUGGAGAAAUUUAAAUUGUUUUUAGCAGUGAAUAGUGUUACAUUUUUACCAAAAUUCUCAGCAACCUGGAAUCAGUAAAACUGUUACACAAAUCCUGAUUAUUCUUUUUUUCCCCCAUCCAUGUCAUUCAGCAGUUUUCAUGGUUUAUUUGUAAGGCAGUACUUAAACAGUACUUUAAGCAUUCCUGGCAGACUUGGAGUAUUAUUUGGCUUCAUUCUCUCCCUUGUUUCAGCCAUACCUACAAAUAAAAACAAUGAGGUUAUCUCUUGAGUUGUCUGGCAAGGAGAAGGAAACCAUACACUGUGUCCCUUAAAAAUUGCUUUUACAGGGAAGGCAAGUUGUGCAAAGCUGUCAUGCCAGUAGGACUUUGUGGUAACAAUGGGAUUAAUCAGUCACAGGUUGCUCAUAAAGUAAAGGAGAAUAUUGGAAAGUAUGCAAAAAGUGGUGGAAUCUAAGCAAUGAAAGGAAGUUUCAACUAGUACUCUGGUAAUUACAUUUAGAGAGAUGAGCAACAAAGGAAAGAGGAGCAAAUGGAAGAGGGAGGAUAAAUCAUAGAUCAAAUAUAGGUAGCAUACAAAUAAGUAGUUUAUCACUUUGAGGUAAUUAAAUGUCCAUGACUAAGACCCAUUGGAAUACUAGCUUUUGUGUAGAAAAUUAUGUUGAGUUGCUGUAGAAACGUGCUUCUAACAGUGAAACUCCACAGUAUCCCUAACCUGCCUAAUUUUUUUUUUUAGAAUCUGUAUAACAGUAUAUAUCUGCAAUUACAAUGCUAAUAAGUGAAUUGAAAAUUUUCACUUUACUGCAUGAAGAAAAACAGGAAAAAAUCAUAUGACGAAGGGAACAACACUUAAAUAAUCCCUGAUUUUGAGCGUAAUAUUUUAUUGAUCUUUCAAGUCUAAUAACUUAAGUGUUUCAAUGAUUUUUAGUCUUUAUACGAUUUCAAAAUCUAAGCCAGGCUUUUGAGAAAGCUUUUGAAGCUUUCAUUUCCUUUUUCCCUCACCAAUAGAAGAACCAUUUGCAGGGAAGAAGAAAAAUUUCUCUUGUUUAAGCAAACUACUUAGAUAAAUUUAAUCUAUUUAAGGAAAGAUUUUUUCAUGGUUUUUUAUUGCUUAAUUUGCCCUGUUAGUAGGUCAGGGUUUGAAUUUUAAUUUGAAAAUUCCUAUACAUUUUCUGAAGGACAGUUACUGUUUGCAGUCUACAAAGGAGAUGUCAAAUUAAAGAGCCAAAUGCUGUGGUUAUCUGGCAGCUACAGCAGUUUAGGAAAGUGCCAAAUUAAAUAUAGAAGCAGCUGAACAGAGUGUAGUGGUUAUGACUGGAGUAUUGUUUGGGCAACACCUCCAGAAGAUCUCAGUAAUUUGACUUUCCCAAAAGACAGCAGCAGCUUUGGAAGCAGACUGUUUCUUGCCACAAAGUUAAUGCUGCACAUUAAGAGAAUAGUGUUACUUACAAAACUGGUCUUUUCUGUGCUGUGAAAAAGGAUCUUUCUCUUUUCUCCCUUGCUUGUACAAGGCUAUCAGACCAAAAAGAAUACUCAUGACAUCAGAUGUACAAGGCAGAAAAUUCUGGAGAUGCCUUUUAUCUCAGUUUGCCUAUGUACUAAAGAGAACUAUCUUCUAUUCAGUAUGUAAUUUGAAAAUAUUACCUAUUUUAUCUAUUUUUAUAAUUCAUAGAUAUUAAAAAUAGUAGCUUAAUGAAGCAGAAGAUAAUUAGGUUUUUGAACACAAACCAAAAUGGAUACUUAUAAUGAAACUGUAAUCUCAUGCAUUGUAAUGGCAUUGUAUGUAAGUAUAAUAAUACUUACUGGCUGUGGUAUUUUUACAAACUUUGCAUUUGUCUCAAUAAACAUACUUCUUUUAACUCAUUUUUCAUUCUGGGUAU